AUGACGUUCAAGGCGGUCAUCUUCGACAUUGGAGGCGUGGUGGUUGCCAGCCCUCUGUUUGCGAUCAACAGGUACGAGGAGGAGCAUGGCCUUCCAUUCCAGUACCUCAACGUCGCCAUCACCGCUCAAGGUCACGGCGGUGCCUUCCAGAAAUUCGAACGCAGCGAGCUUGACAUCUACACCUUCUACCGUCAGUUCGGGGAGGAACUCAGCAACGUCGAGAAGAACAACGAAGCAUACACCAAGUUCUGCAAGAGCAGGGGUCAAGAGGUGCCAAAGCUACCCACAAAGCUCCACGUCGAUGGCCGAGAUCUAUUCGGACGCAUGAUGCGACAAUCAACGCAGGUCGACCCCAGAAUGCGCACGGCCAUCACGAGGUUGAAAGCCUCGGGCAAGUUCAAGAUCGCCGCCCUGACCAACAACUUUGCCCCACCAACCCAAGUCGCAGGUGGUGCUCAAGGCAAAGCUGCGAAAGCACCCUCGCUCGACGAAGAGCUGGAACACCUUGGUCUCGGGAACUCUCAGAACGACCUGCGGAAGAUGUUCGACCUGUACAUCGAGAGCGCCGUCGUCGGGUUGAGGAAACCCGAUCCAGAGUUCUACAAGCACGCUCUGGACCUGCUCAAAGUGCAAGCGUCUGAUGUAGUGUUCCUGGACGACAUCGGGCCGAAUCUCAAAGCAGCGCAAAAGUUGGGCAUCACCACCAUUCGCGUCAACUCGACCGACUGCGCACCCGCUUUGGCCGAACUCGCCAAGCUAACGGGCGUGCAAGUGCUGGACGCCGACGCCAAGCGUGCUGCCAAGCUGUGA